UCUGAUGCUCUGAUCUGUUGAAACUUUUAUUUUUGAAAGGUUAAUAUGAUGGGACGUAUAACAAUAAAUGACCUUUUCUCUUGUUUUUUUCAUAGUUGACUUGCAGGAUGACUAAAGAAAGUGCAGAAAUGACAAACAUCUCCAAAGCUGAGUCGAAAUCUAGACAACAGUCAUUCGAUAGUGCAAUGGAUGGAGACGAGAGCAACCAGAUGUCUGCAAAUGUAUUGGAGUGGACUAAGCAAGGAAAUGUAGUCGCUCUGGAAAAGCACACCAGGUACCUGGACAUACGAGACAACACCGGUGCCAGCCCAAUGCACUACGCUGCAUCCAUGGGACACUUUCGCAUCAUCAGACUAAUAGUGCAGAUCACUGGACAGCAAGAGCUCAAUGCCAGGGAUGAGGAGGGGAACACACCUCUUCAUUGGGCUGUGCAGAAGGACCAGCCAGGAAGCUGCUCUCUGCUUCUGACUCUGGGAGCAGAUCCUAACAUCCUAAACAACAGCCAACAGUCACCGCUACAUAUGGCAGUCAGCAUGGGUAAAAAUUUCGUGUUAGAGCAACUUGUCUCGCAUAAACAAACCGAUGUGAACCUGGAAGGUGACAUGGGAAACACGCCUGUCAUUUUAGCUGCUUCUUUGGACAACCAUGAGGCUCUGGUCAUACUGUACAAACAUGGUGCCAAGUUCUGCCGUCAGAACAAGCUAGGUCAUUUUGCGAUUCAUGCUGCUGCUUUUGCUGGAGCUAAGAAAUCCAUGGAGGUCAUUCUUCUGAAAGGAGAAGAAGUUGGUCUGUCUAUUGACACCCAUGUGAACUAUGUGGAUAAAUCUUGCAGUAGUCCACUUCACCUGGCUGUACGUGGAGGAAAUCUUGACAUCAUUAAACUCUGCAUUGCAUAUGGAGCGAAAAUUGACCAGCAGCAGUGUGAUAAAUCCACUGCUCUCCACUUUGCAUGUAGUCAAGGCGCCAUUGAGGUUGUUAAAGUCAUGCUCUCGGCUUAUCAUAAAGUGUGCGAUCUUAUCAACAUCACUGAUGGGGCCAACCAGACACCUCUACAUAAAGCAGCCAUUUUUGAUCAUUUUGAACUCUCUGAGUACCUUAUAUCACAGGGUGCUGACAUUGAUUUUGUUGACUGCAAAGGCCAUUCUCCACUUCUUCUGGCAACAAGUUGCGGAGCAUGGAGAACUGUCAAUCUGCUCCUCUCCCAUGGAGCUGAUCUGAAGAAAAAAGACAAAUCUGGAUGCAACUUCUUGCAUCUGGCCAUCUUGCAGCCCAGGGGUCUGAAAAACCUGCCCACAGAGGUACUGCAGCACGAGAGUGUGAGAGAGCUUCUCAAUGAUGAGGAUACUGAGGGCUGUACUCCUCUCCAUUACGCCUGCAGACUGGGAAUACCAGAGUCUGUGAAGAACAUGCUGGGGUUAGAGGUCUCGCUGGAUCAGAAGUCCAAACAGAAGAAAUCUGCACUUCAUUUUGCGGCCGAAUAUGGGAGGAUUAACACAUGCCACAGGCUUUUGGAGAUGGUGACUGACACCAGACUGCUGAAUGAGGGGGAUGAGAAAGGACUGACCCCACUGCAUCUGGCAUCUCGCGGAGGUCACGUGAAAGUAGUCGAGCUUCUCCUACGCAGGGGGGCGCUGUUUCACAGUGACUAUAGAGGAUGGUCAUGCCUUCAUCAUGCUGCAUCUGAAGGAUACACACAGACCAUGGACACUUUGUUGACAUCUAACAUCAAACUUCUAAACAAGACUGAUGGAGAUGGGAACACAGCUUUGCAUCUGGCUGCUAGAGCAGGUCAUGUGGCAACAGUAAGACUGCUGUUAUACAGAGGGGCCAAGAUCCUCCUCAACAAGAAUGAUGCGUCUUUCUUGCAUGAGGCAGUACAUAACGGGAGGAAGGAGGUCACCAAUACUGUGAUCGAGAGUGACAGAUGUGUAGAGGCGAUGACAACGUACAAACCAAACUCAUCCAAACGUUGCAUUGUCAUGGACAUGAUUGAGUUUCUUCCAGACUCCUUUAAACAUCUUCUAGACUCCUGCAUAAAGGAAUCAGAGGAAGAUGUUAACAGCACCAAUUACUACAUUGAGUACAAUUUCAGGUGGCUUCAGCAUCCACUGCAAAACCUUAAAAAGACAGGCAUGAAAAAAGACAACACCUACAAACCUCUCAGUGCACUAAAUGUGGGUACUUUACAAAACCUAUGUUAUAGCUGUGUUAGUUGUGAAUGGCCACGUUCAGAAAAUGUGUCUCCGCUACAGGCUAUGGUGAAUUUUAACCGUGUCAGUUUGCUGACACAUCCGGUCUGCAAGAAAUAUUUGGAGAUGAAAUGGAAUGCCUAUGGGAUCAAAGCACAUCUGCUCAAUAUGACGGUGUAUGCGCUGGGGGUGUUUCCUCUAACGUAUCUCAUUGUGAACCUGAAGCCCACACUGGUCACUGCAAGAAAUGUCACAUCAGUCAACAUGGUCUGCACGUCCCUGUACAAGCAAUCCUAUGUAAUCACAGCAUGUAUGUUCCUGGUUCUUGCAAUGAAUAUGUAUGCAGUUGGGAAAGAGAUCCUGCAAAUAAUUCAACAGCGGGUGAAUUAUUUGCAGGAUCUGUCUAACUACAUGGACUGGGGCGCUGCGAUCUGUUCUCUGGUGUUUGUGGUGCCGCUGCUGCUGAACGUGAAGAGUUCCUGGCACUGGCAGGCUGGAGUACUGGCAGCUCUGGCCUCCUGGAUGAAUCUCCUCCUCUAUCUCCAGCGGUUUGAACGGAUCGGUAUUUAUGUGGUAAUGUUUCGGGAGAUCUCACGGACGCUCCUGAGCAUUAUUUUGCUGUUCUUUUACUUGAUAUUGGGAUUUGCAUUGGCCUUCUAUGCCUUGAUGAUCGAACAGCAACAUUUCGGGAGGAUUUUCCUGUCACUGCUGCAGACCUUCGUCAUGAUGGUGGGAGAAAUCAACUACCAGGACAAUUUCUUGAAACCCUUCCUGCAAGGAGACCUUCCUUUCCCCCUUUUGACAUUGGCAAUCUUCGUUUGGUUUGUCUUACUUGUGCCCAUUCUUCUCAUGAACCUUCUGAUUGGUUUGGCUGUCGGUGACAUAGCAGAGGUUCAGACAAAUGCAUGUUUGAAGAGGAUUGCAAUGCAGAUUGAACUUCACACUAAUCUAGAAGAGAGGCUUCCCUAUUGGUUUAUGAAACGGGUGGACCAGGUCACCGUCAGAGAAUUCCCAAACAAAUGCUUCAGUGGAAAGAAAAGAUGGUUUUUCUGUGGGAAUGAGGUGAGGAAGUCCAGGACCCGUCUCAGUCCUACAAUCUCCCAGUUAACUCCACUGGAACGGGAGCUAACCAAACAGAAAUACAGGAUGAGGGAGAUGUCAGAUUCCAUGGAAAAGCAACACAACCUGCUAAAGCUUAUAGUGCAGAAGAUGGAGAUCAGCUCUGAGGCAGAGGAACAUGACGGACCCCCAGUCUUUCAAGAACUGAGAGAGAAACUCCUCAGUAGGAGCAAAUGGGGUCCACUGCUCAGGGCAGUGACCGCCAGAAAGAAGGGAGUCUGCAAAUUCAUGAAAACGUCAUGAACAAGCCAUUGUUUGAACAGAGUCGUUAUAUUUACUCAUAAACUGUGAUGAUGUGGCUCAUAUUUCUCAGUGUGACCUUGCUUCUGUACAACUAACAACCAAGGCUGAAACCAAAUCCCAAGCAUCUAGCAUUGUGUCUAUAAGGAGUGUGUUAAAUGUUACAAGUUUGACCAUAAA